AUGCCGAGGGACUAUCUGCUCCCUUUUCUCUCAGUUUGUCUCUUUGUCAUACAACUUGGUCUUUCUGUAAGCGACCUACCGUCUAUUAAGCUCAUGCAAGAUAUUGUAUGUAAGCAUGUCCAUCGAAUCGAUAGCCCUGAGCUUCUUCCAGAAGAGAAAUGUCGGGAUGAGCCGGUGCAGCAACGACUUAACUUCAUCAUGAUGGGGAUGCAAAUAUCCGCCACUAUUUCGGCUACCCUAGUUGCGUUCCCCUUGGGUGUUCUCUCAGAUCGAAUCGGCCAACUUCCUGUACUAGGUGCAAGUAUCCUCAGCAUGAUACUCUCACAAUCAUACGCCAUGUUCGUACGCUGGAAAUCAGACAUGAUUCCACUCGAGGCAAUAUGGUGUAUCGGUGUCGCACUUCUCUUUGGUGGGGGUCGAAGCGUUGCUGAGGCCAUGGUAUUUGCUAUCAUUGUGGACACGGUACCCGAAUCCAAGAGGCAAGCUUAA